UCUGUUUUGAAAUCGACUCGCCCGGGUCUUUCAAGCUCUUGCCCACGCGGCCUGAUUUCCCAGGAUCUCUUGACCCCCUCGCUUCCUCAACUGGCGGCCUGGGACCGGGGCCGCGCCAUGUCCACCCCUCCGCUGGCGGCGUCGGGGAUGGCGCCCGGGCCCUUCGCGGGGCCCCAGGCUCAGCAGGCCGCCAGGGAGGUCAACACGGCUUCGCUCUGCCGGAUCGGGCAGGAGACGGUCCAGGACAUCGUGUACCGCACCAUGGAGAUCUUCCAGCUGCUGAGGAACAUGCAGCUACCAAAUGGUGUCACUUACCAUACUGGAACAUAUCAAGACCGGUUGACAAAGCUACAGGAUCAUCUUCGCCAACUUUCUAUUCUCUUCCGGAAGCUGAGGCUGGUCUAUGACAAAUGCAAUGAAAACUGUGGAGGAAUGGAUCCCAUUCCAGUAGAGCAACUUAUUCCAUAUGUGGAAGAAGAUGGCUCAAAGAAUGAUGAUCGGACUGGCCCACCUCGUUUUGCUACUGAAGAGAGACGAGAAAUUGCUGAAGUGAAUAAAAAACUCAAACAGAAGAAUCAACAGCUGAAGCAAAUUAUGGAUCAGUUACGAAAUCUCAUCUGGGAUAUAAAUGCCAUGUUGGCAAUGAGGAACUGAACUGAUAUUUAAAUUCUCUGCUACACGUGUUAUGUCAUUAUUUUUUCUCUUAAGUAUUUUUCCCUUUGGAAGCACUAUUUAUUUAUCUGCUUUUAUUUUAAUUGCGAGAGCUAAAGUUUCUUCUUUUACUUUGUGGUUUUCCAUUAAAGUAUUCAAUAACUGCUUUUUUCUAAUGCCAUUGAUUCAUUGAAAGAUUAUUAUAAUAAAAUUUGAUAGGGUUUGUGUUUUGGUUAAUCUUUGUGAAUUGAAUAAUUGCUUUUUAAAAGCAAAAUAAACUACUGUAAAUAAAUUUU